CUUCCGUAACCUGGUUCAUUGACGAUUUUCGUCGGCGGGCUUUUUUAACAUGACAGAAAUGCACAUUUGAAAACGUUUAUCAAGUAUACAGCGUUCAAUCACACUUACAACCUCUAUUACCAAAUAACAGGAGACCUGUUGACUCAGUGUUUUUAGCUAGACGAUCUCCCGCGCCUGGCCAGGCAGAAAGGCCACAAUGAAACUCACAGACAAUGUGUUGCGGAGUUUCAGGGUUGCGAAGGUUUUCCGGGAAAAUUCGGACAAAAUAAACUGCUUUGACUUCAGCUCAAACGGCGAGACGGUAAUAUCGAGCAGCGACGACGACUCGAUUGUCCUCUACGACUGCCAGGAAGGAAAACCAAAACGGACCCUCUACAGUAAGAAGUAUGGUGUGGAUCUCAUCCGGUAUACUCAUGCCGCCAACACUGUCGUCUACAGCUCCAACAAAAUUGAUGAUACCAUACGAUACCUGUCUCUGCAUGACAAUAAGUACAUUCGCUACUUUCCUGGACACAAUAAGAGGGUUGUUGCGCUGUCUAUGUCGCCUGUUGAUGACACGUUCAUAUCUGGCUCACUGGAUAAAACUAUUCGUCUAUGGGAUCUUCGUUCACCUAACUGUCAAGGUCUCAUGCAUUUGCAAGGGAAGCCAGUGUGUUCGUUUGAUCCCGAGGGGUUGAUUUUUGCGGCAGGGGUUAAUUCUGAGAUGGUCAAGCUCUAUGACCUUCGUUCCUUUGAUAAGGGGCCAUUUGCAACAUUUAAACUACAGUACGAGCGCACAUGCGAAUGGACGGGUCUCAAGUUUAGCAACGACGGCAAGCUCAUUCUGGUCUCCACAAACGGAGGGACCCUCAGAGUGCUGGAUGCCUUCAAAGGAGCCGUCCUCCAUUCAUUUGGGGGUUAUAACAACAGCAAAGGUGUGAUUUUGGAGGCCUCGUUUACUCCAGACUCUCAGUUCGUUAUGAUUGGAUCGGAGGAUGGGAAGAUCCAUGUGUGGAAUGCUGAGAGUGGGAUGAAAGUAGCACUUCUUGACGGGAAGCACACUGGCCCUGUCACUUGUUUACAGUUUAACCCCAAAUUCAUGACCUUUGCCAGCGCCUGUUCUAACAUGGCUUUCUGGUUACCCACAAUAGAUGACUGAUGUUGUCAGGAGUUAAGAAAUGUUGGACUGUAAUGUCAUCUUCCAGCAGGUGGCAUCAGACGCUGUGUUCUUGACACACAGACGUGGCUCAUUUUUGGACUUGAGGACUGUAAAUAUAUCAGCUUUGAUGCUACGUUUUAUUUCUUCGUAUCAUACUGUGAUGCAAAGAUAAUCUACCAUCAAACCUUGUUCUUUUUGUAAAGCAUUGUAAAAAAUAAUCGGUUUGCAUUUUCUGUUUUGUUUGUGAUAUAGUAACAAUUAUUCUUUAGAACUGGUGUGUGCAGGAGUUUUCAGUGAAACUGAUUUAAACAAACAUUAUAGAACAUUAUACAGCACGUGUACCUUUAGUAACUAAGAAAUGUCACUGGAACAUUUUUUUAAUAAACAUGUUUAUACAACUUGCUGACUUGUACCCUAAUGUAAUCCAUCUGUGAGUGAAGAUUACAUAGAAUUCCUUAUAGAUUCAGCUUGUUUUAUAUAUGUAUAAUACUUUUUUGAUAUCAGCAUCAUUGUGGAAUUCUUAUUAAAAAUACAAUCUCAUAACAAAUA